GGCGCUGGCUCGGGGCCGGCGGAGCGCGGCGGGGCCCGGCAGUGGGCGUGGGCGGGCGGUCGGGGCAGCAUGAGCGGGGUGCUGCGCGCGGCCUGGCGCGUGGGAGCCGCCGCCGCGCGGGGCCGGGCCGGGCGGGCGCUGAGCCAGGCGGCCUCCGAGGGCGGCGGCGCCGAGGGCGGCGGCUCGGGGUCGGGGUCGCGGGAGGCGGUGGAGCGGCUGGUGCGGGCGCACCCGGUGGUGGUGUUCAUGAAGGGCAGCCCGGAGCAGCCGCUCUGCGGCUUCAGCAACGCCGUCGUGCAGAUCUUGCGCCUGCACGGCGUGGAGGACUACCGUGCCCACGACGUCCUGCAGGACCCCGACCUCCGCCAAGGAAUAAAGAACUACUCCAACUGGCCAACCAUCCCACAAGUGUACCUCAACGGUGAAUUUGUUGGUGGCUGUGACAUACUCCUCCAGAUGCAUCAGAAUGGAGAUCUUGUAGAAGAGCUGAAGAAGUUGGGAAUCCGUUCAGCACUUCUGGAUGCAGAAAAAGACCAAGACAAAAAGUAAAAUGAGCAAAAAAGAUGCUGUGAGAAGAAUAAAGCAAAUCUUCAAUAAGAACUUGUUACCAGUAAAGCCUUACAUACUUUGGCUCAAAGGCGGCAUCUUUUUGAACUGACACUAAGAUUUAUCUGUGAAUGUCUGUUAGCUCAUGGUAAAUGUAGUCAUCUUGGUAUUUUGAUUUACAGAUAUUGUGAAAAUUUGAGUAUAACCACUGCACUGUAAAGCAUACAUUUGUGGAAAUUGUGUUUAAAGGAAAAAAGUUCCCUUCAAAAAGCAUUCGCUUCUUGAUUGAGGUGAGAGUAAACCAAAAGAGCUAAUAAUAUCUUUAUGUAUUUUGAGCGUGUGUUUCUCUGUUCUUUGCUACACAAAUCUGUGCAAACAGUGUUUGCAUUCCCUUGCUCCUCUUCAAAAAGUGUUAAGUAACAGUGCAUCAGUUUUGCUGUAUAACUCCUGGUGGUAAGACUUCCUGAGAGCCUGUAAAACUUCUGUGAUCACAUAUGAUGUAGGAGAAAAAUAAUCUUCAAACAAUUUAGAAGUAAAAGAUUAUAAGAGAGUGCAUGAAAUAUACUUUUAUUCCAAAGGGUAAAAAUAAACAGACUUUUACAAAUAAAUGUAUAAUGGUUGUUAUUACUUUAUAACAUUCUGAUUUGUGCCUAAAGAUUUUAUAAAACCUUUUCUACCUCUUGCAAAGCAGCUUUCCCUCCCUGCUCAUGUACUUUGUGUAUUGCAGUUCUGUGUCAGUGCUAAAAUGUGGUAAUUGUUUUAGGCUUCAGUAUUCUACCUUGAAAUAGUACGGGAGAAUACUUCAGUUACUACUGUCAUUGUGUAUUAUUUACUAGUUACUAAGUUAUCCUUUUAUAUUUGUUGUAUUUCCAAGUGUUUUCUCCUGGCUGCUGUGAAGAAUAUGGCUUUCAAACAUGGGAUUAACAGAUCGUUUCCUGUAGAUGAGGUUCUUAGGGACAUCGUUUAGAGGUAGACUUGACAGUGGUAGGUUAAUGGUUGGGCUCGAUCUUAAAGGUCUUUUCCAACCAAAGCAAUUUUACGAUUUUGUGUAGGUGAGUGCAGCAGAGAGGCUACUGAAUAGGUAAAUAUUUCUUUGUGGGAAGUCUCUGAAGUCUUCAAUACCAAUCUAACCACAUUGCCCUACAUUAUAACAAAUUAUAUUAACCAGUGGAGCUUCAGCUGUACAGCAAUACUGCUAAGGUUAAAAGCUAACCAAGCUGGUUCUAAAUGCAGUUUAUUUUUAUUAUUAUAAACCAGUUUGCAUGUGAAUUAGGCAAAUGGUUGGAAAUAAAGUGUAUUUCAUGUUGA